AAUAUUAUUACUUGUUAUGAGAAAGAAACAAAAUCUAAAUCGUAUGAAUAUUUCAAUUUUUCUAAGUCUCAUAUGACACUCGAUGAUUUUGUUAACAAUGAAUGUGGCAUAUAUAAAAUACUUAUUUUAUAUUUUAAAUGUAUACAAGAAUUUCAUAUACUAACUGUUGAUGAUCAAAUAAAAUUAAUUCGAUGUAAUCUAAGAACAUUUAUGCCGUUAAAUUUUCUAAUAUUAAAAAAUUUCGUAGAACAUCCAACACCCAACGAUAUUAUGUUAUCGAUACAUGGUGAAGAAUUUCAUAAUAAAAUGAUAAAAAUAAACAAAAAAUUUGAUAUUUUUGUUUAUAAUUCAACUGUAAUUAAAUUGAUGCUCAUUAUUUUAUUAUUUAGUACAAGUUUACUUACAACGAACAAUAUGAGUUCAAUGGAUACAACUGUUAAAAAUAUUAAACAAUUAUAUGAUGCUCAAAACUAUUAUACAGAAUUAUUAUGGAAAUAUAUGUUGCACACAUAUGGUGAAUCUGAAUCAAUUAUUGUAUUUAAUUUAAUAAUUUCUCAAUGUUUAAAUCUACAAAAUCUUACACUUGAAAGAGAUGAACAAUUAAGAAUAAAAACUAAGUUCAAUAGUAUUGAACCAUUAAUGCAAUCUGUUUUACAAAUACCAUAUCAAAAUUUUCUUUAG